AUGGAUGCAGCAAAGCCAAGUUUGAAGGCCUCAGCUUCUGAGAGCCUUCAAUCAGAGUUGUUGACCAGUUUUGCACCCACUUCUUGGUCGGGUCCAAUCAUUCUUGGUGCCCUUCUUGGUUACGUUGUACUCUGUUCUCUUUUGCGCUUCUCCAGAAUUAAUUCGCUUCGAUCCAAGUUGAGGUUUCACGACCGUACCUCGUUGAGUCGCAUGACAAAUCAAGAUGCAUUUCAAGUUGUUCAGAAUAUCGCUAGAUUCGAGUUCCCGUUAUUCUAUGACCUUGCGGUUCGAUUGGCUCUGUUUGAGACAUAUGCUGUUCAAACCGUCGCUCAUGUUCUCUAUGGCGGCAGCGAUCUAGCUAAUCGAAAGAAGGCACCCAAAAGAUAUGCAGAUACUGAAGCCGUCUAUGUCUGUUUCGCAAACUUCCCUCCUACGUCGCCUGUUCUCCAUAAAGCGGUUGCGCGCACAAACUUUCUUCACGCUCCAUAUAUCAAGAGUGGCAAGAUCAAGCAGGAUGAUCUGCUUUAUGUGCUUUACGCCUCUUUUGCUGAGCCUGUUCGGUUCCUCAACAUCUAUGAGUACCGGAAACUCACUGAUAUGGAAGUUGCUAGCCUGUCAACUCUGUGGAAGUAUGUCGCAGACAUGAUGGAUAUCGACUACAGGACUGUGCUCGGGAAGAAUGAGUGGGCGGAUGGUCUCGAAUUCUUCGAGGACAUGACACGCUUUGGAGGAGACUACGAGGACAAAUAUUUGCGGCCUACACCAGAAAUCCAGAAACUAGGCCAUGUUCUCAUGGAGAUGCUGCUGGAUUCGUAUCCCAAGAUUGCUUCUCCCCUUGGAUACCCGGCAGCUUGUGUUCUUAUGGGACCUCGCUUGAGACGAGCAUUUGGUUUCCCAGAACCAGGUUUGGCUAUGACAGUUCUGACUUACAGUCUCUUGCUUGUUCGAAAACUCAUCGUCCGCUAUCUCUGUCUCCCUCGCUUAGCACCCUCCAUAUACCUCUCCGAUCCUGACGAGCAGACCGGACGCAUCAAGUCAUAUCAUUACAUGAAAGAGCCGUUCUAUGUUCCUCCCACUUUCUGGCAACGUUGGAACCCCGAAGCAAUUAUCACAUGGCUAUCUGGUGGGUUACUUCCCGGUGAUGGCGGCCCUAGUAUGAAGUCUGAAGGUUUCCUUUUUGAGGAUUUGGGUCCUGAGAAGGUUGUUGGCAAGGGUAUUGAAGAGACGAAGAGUUUCGAAGAGGUUGUCAAGACGAAAGCGUUCGCGGGUUGUCCUUACAAGUCAUCCGAGAACUAG